AGCGUAGUCGGCGGCGGCGGGCCCCAGGCCGCGUCCCGCCGGGGUCAGAGAGGAAGGUUGCCCCGGGGACGGGGGCGCGGCCUGCGCUGGCCAGGGCGGUACCCACUAGUGACGCACUGCGCAGGCGCCGGGCAGUUGGCGCCCGGAUGGAGCGGGAGCGGUUGGUUCGGAAGGUGUCGGUGAUGCAGGCCUGCGUCCGGGGCUUCUUGGUCCGACGCCAGUUCCAGAGUUUGCGAGCUGAGUAUGAGGCUAUUGUACGAGAGAUCGAGGGUGAUCUGGGCACGCUUCAGUGGACUGAGGGCUGGAUUCCCAGGCCCCGAUUUCUCCCAGAGAAAGCAAAAUCCCAUCGGAUCUGGAAAGCUGGAAAGAGGGUACCAAAUCCAGAGCCGGAACAGUGGAGUUGCUCCCCACGUAAAGAGCCAGAGAGAGAGGCCAUCUGGGAGGGGAUGAUGCUGAAGAAGUCAGAAGAGAGCCCGGCAAACUCAGGAAGUCUUCCCUGCAGAGAUGACAGCUCCUGGCUCCAGGAUGAGCAGAGCAGGAAACCCAGCCAAAAGGAGACCAGAGAUAUGUCAAGGAUGGAGAACCCAGAAGCUGCAGGUCCAGGACUGCCCCAUAGCCAGACUGAGCUCCAGGAGCUCCAGUACCACCGCAGCCACUUGGCCAUGGAACUGCUGUGGCUGCAACAGGCAAUCAACAGCCGUAAGGAGUACCUAAUUCUCAAACAAACACUGAGAUCCCCAGAGGCAGGCCAGACCAGAGACGAUGCCAGCAUGUGCCCAGACCACAGGUCACAACCAAGCCCACCACUGGAAGACCACUCCUACAGAGACAGGGCCGCCGGAGAGCCAGACCAUGUGGAUGACUCCUGGAGGAAGGUCAGAUCACAACCCCACAAAUCCCCAGAAAGACUGGCUGCUACAGACAAAACCACUACUGGGGCCAAGUACAGGGACCCAUGCUACGGGAAGGCUGGACCACAGCUGCCCACACCAUCAGAUAACCAGGCCAGAGACAACAGGCUCGGCAAAGAGCCAGAAUGUGGGAAACACACCUUUGGAGGGGCCUGCGUGCAGCUGACGAAACUCCUGGAGGACCAGACCCCCAAAGGCCUCAAACCUAGGGGCCACUGCUCUGGAAAGACCAAGAUACAGCCACCCACACUCCAUGAGGACCCAAGCAUUGAGGACAAGUCUCCCAGAAGGCCAGACCACAAAGAGCUCGAUUACCAAAGAGCUAGGCCACAAAAGUUGGAUCUCUCAGAGGACCAUGUCAUCUGGGAUAGGGCCUUGACAGGGCCAGAGCAUGGUGGCCUGGAUCUCUGGAGGACUAAACCACCCAAGGGCCAGACACCCAGUGACAAAAGCUGCAGAGAUAGAACCUCCAAUGAGCCUAGCCAUGAAGAAUGGAAAAACCAGAGGACUGUGCCAUGGAGACCAAAGCCACCUGAGAAACUGUAUUCCACAGGGUCAGACCAAACAGGAGAGGACCACUGGAGGGGCAGACCGUGGAAAACAGGACCAGCAGGCUAG